CAGUGUCCUUAGACUCCAGGAGAGCUAUGCAGGCAGCCGGUAUCUGGAUUACCAGAGUUUCUGUGCUGCUGCUUUGCUCAGAACUCCUGGACUGUCAGCAGACGACAGACCACAGGAAGGUUCAUCAAAGGGCUGAGCCCCCACAGGAGUUCAAGUCAGAACAUGCACAAAUUCAGGGCUCCUGGGGUGCCUGGGGGUCCUGGUCAACCUGCUCCCGGAGCUGUGGAAAAGGGGUACAGGAGCAAAGCAGGCCUUGCCUGCCUACUUACACUCCAACCCAACAUUCGUCAAGAAGAUCUGGAAGUCGUCCUCAGCAGCUGGGCCACUUCAUCUCAGCCACGCAGCCGACACUCUCUGUGCACAGUGACACGGGUAGGCCUGUCAACAGCAGUCGUGGUGGCGAGCUGAAGAAGGAGACUCGACCAGGUGGACGAAGGAGGCUCGGUCACAUCAUCCCAGGGAGGUAUGGCUUUGGGAAAGCUCCGUAUGUUGCUCCGCUGCAGACGGACACAGGCCAGGGAUUGGGGACGGCUGGCCCCCGCAGACAGAGACGCUCUGCAGCUGCCCACCACCCCACAGCCAUAGGCCAAGGUGGCCACAGGUCAAGCAACCUGGACCCUUCUAACAACCUCCACCACUACAGCAUACCCUACGUGCAACCAAGGGCACAGCAGCCCAACAACCAAGUCUGGGCCCCCCUCUACCAGCCUGGAUCGGUCCCCCAGACUGAGGAGCAGCAGCUACAGUCAGGCAGCCAGACCUCAGGGCCCCAGCAGCACAACGCAAGACCCUAUAACCCUUUACCUACUACUCUCUGUACGGGGGACCACACUCGCUACAGGAUCUGUAACAGUAAUGCCUGUCCUCCAUCCAGCAGAAACAUCAGGGCUGUUCAGUGUUCUUCUUACAACAACCAACCUUUCAUGGGCAGACUGUACAAGUGGGAACCCUUCAACGAGGUUCCUGGGGAUCAACAAUGUGAACUCAACUGUCGGGCCAUAGGGUUCAGGUUCUACGUGCGGCAGUCAGACAGGGUGGUCGAUGGGACACCAUGUGGACAGAAUGAUACCUCUCUGUGUGUGGCGGCAAAGUGUACGAGUCUCGGCUGCGAUGACUACCUCGGAUCAGGGAGGGUGAUGGACAGGUGCGGCAUGUGUGGAGGCGACAACUCCUCCUGCAGGCUGGUCUCUGGACUCUUUAAACACAGUCUGACCAAGGUCGGCUACCACAAGAUAGUGGAGAUCCCAGAGGGCGCCACCAACAUCAACGUCACAGAGAUGGUGAAGAGCCGGAACUACCUAGCUCUCCGAAGCCGAUCGGGCCGAUCCAUCAUCAAUGGAAACUGGGCUAUUGACCGACCAGGGAAAUAUGAAGGAGGGGGGACCAUGUUCACCUACCGGAGACCCAAUGAAAUCAGUAGCACGGCCGGGGAGUCCUUCCUCGCUGAAGGGCCCACCAAUGAGAUCCUGGACGUUUAUAUGAUUUUCCAGCAGCUGAACCCUGGUGUUCAUUAUGAAUACAUUAUCCCCUCAGAGGAAACUGCCGGCCCUCAGCAACCAGACCACAGACCUGAAGAGAACACUGUGAAUGGUCAGGGAGGAUACGACCAUCACAGCAACACCCACCAGGAAAACGUUGACGCAGCCGGUGGAGGGAGGUAUACUCCCCGUCUCCCUGACAACCAGGUACCAGCCGUACAGCCACCUAGGCGAGAGAGAGACUACAACUGGAAACUGAGUGGUGCUACAGAGUGCAGCGCCACCUGUGGUAAAGGAUUCAGAUACUCCGUCUUUCAAUGUGUCCACCGGCUGAACCAUGUCCAGGGGUCAGAUGCUUUGUGUGACAGCAGCAGCAGACCAAGUCCACAGGAAGAGGCCUGCAACCUGCAGCCCUGUCCAGCAUUCUGGGAUAUUGGAGAGUGGUCUGAGUGCAGCAAGACCUGCGGCCUGGGGAUGCAGCACCGACAGGUCCUGUGUCGCCAGGUGUACGCCAACCGCACCCUCAACGUCCACACCAGCCGCUGCCGACACCUGGAGCGGCCAGAAACAGCCAGCACCUGCCAGCUGAAGAUCUGCAGUGAGUGGCAGAUCCGCUCCGAGUGGACGGCCUGCUCUGUGCCGUGUGGGCUGGGUCAAAGGUCGCGGGAGGUACGCUGUGUCAGCAACGUGGGCGACUUUGUUCCAGAUGAGGAGUGCAACAUGAAUCUGCGGCCCGUCGAUGCAGAGAACUGUGACAUGGGAGCCUGUGCCAAGAGCUGGUUUUACACUGAUUGGGGGAAUAAGUGCUCUGCUGAAUGUGGGAUGGGUGUAAGGUCGAGAGGAGUCCUCUGCCUGAACAACCAAGUCAGCAGCCUUCCUCUGGAGGGGUGUGGCAGUCAUCGCCCCGCCGACUCUCAGGUCUGCAACAACGGCCCCUGUGAGAAUCGCAUAGAGUGGUUCACAGGCCCCUGGAGCCAGUGCUCUGCAGAGUGUGGUGCAGGCAGCCAGCAGAGGUCAGUGGUGUGUCUGAUGAGGUCAGAUGAAGGAUUCAACGUCAUGCCACCGUACGAGUGCUCCUCUCUGGAUCGACCCCUCAGUCAGCAGAGCUGCAACCUCAAGGACUGUGGAGCAAAGUGGUACCACACUGACUGGAGUGCUUGUUCAAAAUCAUGUGAGGGUGGUUACCGUGUGCGGGAGGUGCGCUGCCUGUCUGACAACAUGCUCUCCAGUGAGGGCUGUGAUGAGCUGCAGAGACCAGCAGAGAAGGAGGACUGCAACCCAGAGGCCUGCUUACCCAGCAUAGAUGAGAACUGCAUGGACAAAUACUUCAACUGCAACGUGGUGGUCCAGGCUCGCCUCUGCGUGUACGAUUACUACAAGACGACGUGCUGCGCUUCGUGCUCACGUGUGGCCCACAGACAGAUGAUUCACCGGGGCCGCAGCUAGCCCUUUCUUUUUCUACCAGGGUCCCUCAGCUCCAUGUUGGGGGCAGACUCUAAACCCGCCACAGGCGAUCUGGUCCGGUGCUAUCCCAGGAAGUGGACCGGCCGGACCUUGCCUAAAAUGGACAUUUGUUUUCUUUUGCCAAGGAUGGAAAGUGAAGAAGGAACAUUUCUGCUGGCUCUAUUUGGAGACAGCUGCUUGGAGGAAGGCAGAGAGCUAAGAAUAGUGGAGGGCAGGGAUCCUGUCAGUGGAUUAACUGAGCCCUGAUGGGGUGAGAGAGAUCAGUACCAAACUGAGAAACUGACAAAAAUGUAUUUAUGGAUUAUAACAACUUUCUUUUUUUGUUUCAUGGAAAGCAGUUUGCAGCUGACUGAAGUGGAUUACCUAUGAAGAGGAGAGCAUGUGUAACAAGUUUAACAUGGACUAUGUGUAGACUGUUUAUGCUCUUUACUCCAUAAUGCUCAGAUUUAUGGCACAACGUCAUAUGAAGUUGGUCCAGUUUCACCUAUAAUCAACUAUUUAACUUUGUUGACCAAAGAUAUGUAAUAUCUUACUGUGCAUCCACGGUGCUGAUCCUCUACACAGAAUGGAUCCACAAGGAAAAAAAUAUCAGUUUGAAUUCUUUGUGGCCCAGAUGUCGUUCUGAUACCUUGAGCAAUCUGCAGACCACUCCCUGCACAGCCCUGAGGUGCUGCAGCCUUUGUAAUAUGUUUGUAUAUAUGUAUGUAUGUAUGGUGAAGUGAAUCCGACAGUCCUUACAGCAGCUGAAGAGUGAAAAAGCCCUCUUUAUUUAUUUGUGUGGCUCCCUGGGGAGGACACUGGUUUCUCGGCCACCAGUUGGCCCUUAUUGGAUGUGUGGAUAAAAAAACUUUUUCCGGUCCUCCACCAAUCACAGCCCUUGAACUGAAUGUAGGCAUUCCACAGCCUGUUUGAUGGUAGAAGCAGAUGGUCAGAAAUCCUAAUGCAUUUCCUGGAGCGGUAAAAACAAACUGUACUUAGUAUAUAUAUAUAUAAUUUUUUCUUUUUGUUCCCGUGGGAUAUGAUCAUCCCACCAUCACCAAUCAUAACUACAUAGAAUUAUCCAUAGAAUAUGAUUAAUAUUUGAUUGCAGAGAUUAAUCAUGGAAGGAUUUUACAGCUGGUAUGGCAGGUUAUAUAUGAGGUUUACAUUCACAGUAAAUUGUUUUUUAUGGGACAAUAUUCUGACCGAAUUCCUCUUUCCACAGUUCCACACUAAACCAGCACCCCGUACCUCUCGAGGGUUCAGCCUUUGUUGUGUUCUAGCUGUUAUCAUUUCCCUCCAAGCAUCAACUUACCUCUGAUCCAUAAGUACUGUAUGUAUCUAUGUUUAAGUUAAACUAUCAAGAAGAGUGGAACUAAAAUAACACACGACUGGAACAAUUAAACAUUAGAAUUUGCCUUUUUUUAUAUUUUAUUGCAAGUGUUAAGCAGUUGAUGUAUUGUUCUUGAGAUUCUUUUAAAUAAACAGUUUUACUAAUUAUUUGUUAACUCAACGGCAGUUUGUCUUCGUGUGACUCAGUUAGAAGUCCCAUUGGUUGAGGGGGAGGUGAGGUAUUUGAUUGAAGUCAUCCUCCUAGAGGACAAAGAUAGUAUGACAACAAACACCUGCACAGCAUAGGUUGCACUUCCUGUAAUGAUGAUAUAUUAUAUUUCAUUUGUACAUGUCUUUCUUUCUGCUUCACAGACUCACAUAUAACCCAACGAAAUCAACUGACUGGUCAAAGGUUUGUGGGAA